AUGGGAAUUCUACCAGAUAUUAGAGUACAACAAGCACAUCCGUUUAUGAAUACUGGCGUAGAUUAUGCAGGACCAUUUAAAUUCAAAUGCUUCAAAGGAAGAGGACUCAAGACAUUCAAAGGUUAUGUAGCAGUUUUUGUUUGUUUAGCAACAAAAGCAAUUCAUCUGGAAGCAGUUGGGGAUUUGUCAUUGGAGACAUUUCUAGCAGCAUUAAAAAGAUUCUUCUCAAGGCGAGGAAAAUCAAAAAAUAUCUAUUCGGACAAUGGAAUAAACUUCGCUGGAGCAGCAAACAUUCUAGGAAGGGACAUAAAAGCAGCAGCAAAAUCCAACAAUAAACUUGCGCCAAUCUUGGCUUCUGAAGGCGUUCAAUGGCAUUUUAUUCCCCCGGCAGCCCCACGCUUCGGUGGAAUUUGGGUGGCCGGAGUAAAAUCGCUAAAAUAUCACUUAAAAUGA